AUCUACUGUCUGCUGAAAGACUGGCCGCUCAUGCAGCCUGAAUCCGCUCUGGAGCUGCUGGACUGUAACUUCCCCGAUCCCAUGGUGCGAGAGUUUGCCCUGCGCUGCCUGAUCCAGGGCCUGACGGACGACAAGCUCAGCCAGUACCUGCUGCAGCUCGUGCAGGUACUGAAAUAUGAGAUGUAUCUGGAUAACCCGUUAGCUCGGUUCCUGAUCAAGAAAGCGCUGACCAAUCAGCGGAUCGGACAUUUCUUCUUCUGGCAUCUGAAGUCUGAGAUGCACAAUAAAACGGUGUCUCGGCGCUUCGGGCUGCUGCUGGAGGCGUUCUGUCGGGCGUGUGGGAUGUACCUCAAACACCUGAACAGACAGGUGGAGGCCAUGGACAAGCUGGUGAACCUCACGGACACACUCAAACAGGAGAAGAAAGACGAGACGCAGAAGGUGAGACAGAAGAUGCUCCUUAACACUUGCAGGCACGA